UUAUACGUAUAAAACGAUAUGUAAUAAAUAAUAUUGCAUUAAAUUAUAUCAAAUGUAUCUUUGGAUACGUUACAUAUGCAUGGUUUAAUUUAAACUUUGUAUAAUAUAAUUUUACAUCAAAUGUCAGCUUUCAUUAUCAUCGUACAACAGACCGAUUGGCUGAUUUUAGUAAUCAACUUUCAAAGUACACGAUCAGAGAGACACGCAGUCGCCCACGUAAGAAAGCGACUUUAAUUAUUCAUUUCGAUCGCGCGUACCUGACCCAAUUUCUGUGGCUUGUACUUAAACACGUGUGUAUGAACGCACUCACGCACGCGAGUGCCGCACGGCAUGACACGACACGACACGACACAGCGUAAGAGAAUCGCACGCAUGGCUCCGAUCUUAGUCCUCAGAUGUAUAAUCCAGUUGUACGAUGCCUCACGCAGAGAUCGCUCAAGAGACCCAACCGAUGUAUUUUCGCGAAUAUAGAAAAACGCAAGGUUUCACUAUUUUCUGACUGGUUUUGCGAGAGGCAUGCCUUCGCUCGCGCUUCUCUCACUCUCACGCCCGGCACGGCGAGAGCGGGAAAAGUUCGCUCUUACUCUUCGCGAAGGCGUUCCCUCGGGUGGAUCCCGUCACGCAUCUCUGACUUGAUCUCAGACUUGCGAGUGUCCAUCCUGUCAGGUGACUCUGGGAGAUUCACUUUCGUGACCGUACCGACCUGUAACACGGGUCUUUUUUUGUCCAGUGAAGUAAUUGGACACGGAAUUUGUGAAUAUGUACGAGAGAAGUAAACGAAGAACCAUCACAGAAUCAUGUUCGUUUCCUGAUAAUUUUCUUCCGGCGGAGAACAUGUGAUGGUCCGAUAGAUAUCACAUUACCGGGAGAUGACGAAUUGGCCAGUCACAUUCGCCAUUUGACGACGAUCGAACGGCAUUCUAUAUAUUUUCACUAAGCCAUCGGGGCGUGCACUAUCACUUCCAGUUGCCUACAUAUAAGAGCAGAGAAAUGUAAAACUAGUUUCCGCGAUUUUUCCGACAGCCGAGUAUAAAGGAGAAAUUCAAUGUCGGCCGAUGUGUCAUUAAAGGUGGAACCGUCACGUUGGUCUGAUCUACGAAAUUGCUAGUGCGGACGAGGUGCCGGAUGAGAUAGCGAUUACGACGGAAGAGCACAC